AUCAGCAGUGAGAGUGAGGAAGCAUCACUUAAAGAUCAGACAGGGCACAUGGAGAAGUAGAGAAGGCAGAAAAAAAGCACCAGAAGGACCUCCAGUAAUAAGCGAAAACCGAUACUAGGAUAAAUUAAUGUUUUAAGGAAAUAAUAUUCUAAACACAGACAUCAUCAUGAGGAUUGCGUCCCUUCAAGACAGACACCAAUCACCAGCAUCUGGAAACUGGGCUUUAUUGUCAAAGCUUGGGAAUUGACAAAAAAAGGUGCCAUCUUUGGUAUCAGUCAAUACUAAUCAGAAGAGCUUUUACAGUAAACCAUAUUUAACCUGCGUUAUCACUGUAAAAUCCAUGCAAGUGCACUUUGACGUGAUCAUUGACAAAGGAGUAAUUAACUAGUAAAACAGCUGAACACUGUCGAAGGAACACAUUUGACCUGAAGAUCUUUGAAGUCAUGGGUUGGAUUACUGACUUCUUCACAUACGAAACCACCAAGUCUGUGGUGGUGAAGAGCUGGACUAUUGGAAUAAUCAACAGAGCGGUGCAGCUCCUCAUUAUAACAUACUUUGUAUGCUGGGUGUUUCUGCAUGAGAAAGCUUAUCAGAUUCGCGACUCUUCCAUUGAAUCGUCUGUGAUGACAAAAGUGAAAGGUAUCGGGCGCUAUAGCAAAAGAGUAAUGGAUGUAGCCGACUAUGUGACUCCCCCACAGGGAUCUUCGGUGUUUGUUAUACUCACAAAGCUUAUAACUACUGAGAAUCAAGUUCAGGAUUUUUGCACAGAGACGGAUGUGAAAUACAAAUGCACUUACGAUAGCCAGUGUGUAAAAGACAAGUCCACGGGGAACGGCUUCCUUACCGGUCGCUGUGUCAACUCAUUCUGUCAGAUUCAGGGUUGGUGCCCAACGGAGAACGACACUGUGGACGUGCCAAUUCUUCAUGAAGCUGAAAAUUUUACAAUCUUUGUAAAAAACAGUGUGCGAUUUCCUGUGUUUGACUUUGAGAGGGGAAACCUGCUAUCCAGCCUGAAUUGUCGAUAUAAUGCUGUUACACAUCCGUUCUGCCCAAUAUUCCGCCUUGGGGACAUUAUUAAGCUUGCAGGUGAAAAUUUCUCAAGCCUUGCAGAAAAUGGAGGAGUGUUGGGAAUAAAGAUUGGUUGGCUAUGCGACCUUGAUAAAUCCUGGGAUUUAUGUCUUCCAAGUUAUAGCUUCACCAGACUGGAUGGUGUAUCUGCAAAGAGCAAUGUUUCUCCUGGAUAUAACUUCAGGUUUGCUCGCUAUUACAUGCGCCCAGAUGGCUCUGAGUUCCGAACUCUGGUCAAAGCCUACGGAAUCAGAGUAGAUGUGCUGGUUUAUGGCAAUGCGGGAAAGUUUAACAUCAUUCCAACUCUCAUCAACACUGUGGCAGCAUUUACAUCUGUGGGUGUGGGAACGGUUCUGUGUGAUAUAAUUUUACUGAAUUUCCUGAAAGGAGCUGAUCAAUAUAAAGCCAAAAAGUUUGAGGAGGUGUCGGAUAACGCUCCUCCUUUGGGAAGUCAGGUGUACAAGAGUGAUCAGACGCUGGCUGGACGUGCAGAUGAGAAACGAUCUACGGAUUCUGGGGCCUACUCAAUAGGCCUGUAAUCACCUAAUGGACCUCCUCCCCCUUAAAGUGGCUGAUUAGGGUUCCACUUAGUAAUGCUCUUUGUAUAGUCCCUUAGCUUUAUAUGAAAAGGCUUUCAGCUGUUUAAGAUACUCUUGCUAUUUUGUUCCUUAGAUGCUGUUUGAGAAUUUAUAACUUGCAGCACAUUUACAACUCCCCUCCCCGUACUGUAUCUCCUAUAUCAUUCUUACUAAAUCAUGGCCAUAAACCCUUAUCUUUCUUUUCUGGUAUUGUAUCCCCAAGCUAGGUAAAACAAUGAGAUGUGAAUUCAAAUAAACUUAAAAAGAUAAAUUCUGAAACCUCUACCAGCAACCAAUGACUUAGCCAUGUCAUGUUAUAGUUGCCCACUGAAUUUGAUGUAAAUACCAGUUAUGUCUGUAUAUUUCAGAGCACUGUCUAUAGAGAAAUAAAAUAAAAAUUCCUAGAGA